AUGGAGGCGGCGGCCCGAGCGCCGGGGCUGGCGGAGCUGAGCCCGGGCUUCCCAGGGGUGUCACCAGGGCCCGAGGUGCCAGACGGACCCGGCGAGCCCGCGGAACCGCCGGGGCCAGAGGAGCCGCAGCCCCGUGAGACAGAGAAACAGGGGCCCGAGGAGCCAAUGGAGUCGCCGGAGCCGGAGGGGAUGGCGGGGCCGGAGGAGCCCGCGGAGCUGGAGGGGGCGGCGGGACCCGAGGAGCGGUCAGGAUCGUUAGAGCCGGGGCCAGAGGAGCCGUGGGAGCCGCCAGGGCCAUCAGAGGAGGAGCAGCCAGGGGCGGAGGAGCCGCCGAGGCGGGAGGGGGCAGCGGGACCCGAGGAGUCACGAGGGCCCUCAGAGCCGAGACCGGAGGAGCCAGCGGGGCCGUCAGAGCCGGGACCUGAGGAGCCGCCGGGGCCGUCAGAGCCGAGACCGGAGGAGCCAGCGGGGCCGUCAGAGCCGGGACCUGAGGAGCCGCCGGGGCCGUCAGAGCCGAGACCUGAGGAGCCGCCGGGGCCGGAGGGAGUGGCGGGACCUGAGGAGCCGCCGGGGCCGUCAGAACUGGAGCGCUCGGUGUCCACGCCGACAGCCGGCGGUGCCGCGCAGCAGGAGGCGAGCGGCGGAGCCGGAGAGGCCCGGGGUCCCGCGGUCCCGGCUGCCCCAGGCGGAGCCGAGCGGAGGAGCGGCGGGGCGGCGGCCGAGCAGCGGGACGUGGCGGAGCAGAGCGAGGAGGAACGGCGGGAGCGGGCGGCGCUGCUGGAGCGGCACCGCCGGCUGGCGGCCGAGCGGGAGCGGCUGCGGCAGACCAUCGCCCGCCUGGAGCUGCGGCUGGGAGAGCGGCUGCGGCUGCAGCGGGGCGAGAGCCGGCCGCCGGCCGCGCUGGGAGCGGACGGGCCGCGGCUGUACGCACAGCAGCUCCUACAGCUGCUGGAGCUGCGGGAGGAGCGGGAACGGCUGGCCGAGAGCUGCCGGGAGCGGGCGGCAGCCCUAAGGCAGGACGCCGAAGAGCGCCGGGCCCGGGCCGAGGCUGCGUGGGCCGCGUUCCAGGCUCGCAAGAAGGCGGUGGCCGUGCCCUACGUCGCGCGGCUGCUGGGCAGCAGGCAGGCGGCGACGGCGUUGGUGGAUAGCAUCCAAGCCACGGAACAGGCUAAAGAGGAGCAAGUGCGGGAGGCCCGCGCCGAAAACAUCAAGCUGAAGCAGGAAAUCCAAACUCUUGAAACCAUCUUAAAAGCUCAUGGAAAAGUGGUAGAGAGUCAACAGCUUACGGACUUCGAGCACAUGAAGAAAGAGAAUCAGAAACACAAUGAAAAGAUUGAUGGCCUCUGCAAUGAAAUCCUGAAGCUCAGAAAGAAGAUAUCGACCACAGAGAACAUUCUCAGCCAGGUCAAGGAAAAACUACACUUCGUGGAAGCUGAAAAUAAAGGCAGAAAGGUUGAAGUGAUGAACAUUGAGGUCGCCUUGUCACAGAAGAGAGACCUUCUGACCAAAGCAAAACAGGCCAGAGACAGACUGCGGAGGAACAACGUGCAAUUGCAGCAGAAAUGUGGGCUGCUUGGAGAUGAGGUGUUGCUUCGGGACUUUGAGGAAAAAGCAGAUACUGCAGAGCUGCUCAGUCAGCGGCUGGAAACGCUGCAACAGCGCCAUGCUGCUCUGGUCCUCGCCUGUAGGAGAAUGCAGAAGAAAAUCAAGGAAGCCAGUUCCUACCUCCUUCCCCAGGCUGACCAAAGUAAAGAAAGCAUGAAAAAGAAAUAA